GGCAAAAUGACAAAAAAAGGAAAAAAAAAAAAAAAAAAAAAGAAAGAAAAGAUAAAGGGUUAGGAGGGGUUUGUGCUCUUUAUGCAGAAAAGCAGAGAGACCUCCUGAGACAUGUUGGAUGCUAUAAGAAUGAUGACCCACAGUUUUUCUAAAACACAUAUAGUGAUUUCUCUCGCACAUUAAAUGAGCAACAAUGGUCAUUUCAUGGUGCAUCACAGAAGGUCAAUAAAGGAACUCUGCCUAAUGCAAAAUGGAAAAUGGGACAUAUUUUUACUUCAUGUUAUUUGAAAAUCUUGGGUACACAAGAUAUGGUUUCUUCAGUUUAGGAUUUAUGCUGUACUGUGCUAUCAUAUUAUUUAAUGUCCUUAUUAUGCUUGCAAUAUUUCUGGAAAGGACUUUACACCAGCCCAUGUAUAUUCUUAUUUUGUGUUUGUCUGUCAACUCUAUGUUUGGAACUGCUGGCUUUUUCCCAAGAGUACUGACAGACUUGCUAUCUGAUACACACUCAAUCUCUCUUGAAGCAUGUGUCUUACAGUGUAUUGUCAUUUUCAUGUAUGCCGCAAAUGAAUAUAUGAUAUUAAUGAUAAUGGCAUUUGAUAGAUUUGUUGCAAUCUGUAAACCCUUACGAUACCACAACAUAAUUACACCAAGGUUUUUGACUGUUUCAGUAGUUAUAAACCUGGCAUAUCCAAUGAUUUUACUUAGUGUUGCUAGUUUUUUAAGUACAAAACUGAAAAUGUGUGGUAACAAAUUAUUUAAAGUGUACUGCCACAACUAUGAAGUAGUCAAGCUUUCUUGUGAAAAAUCUAUAAUUAAUAAUGUUUUUGGCUUGGUUAUAUUAAUCACAACUACUGUAAUACCUUUAAGUUUAAUAUUAUAUUCAUAUGUAAAAAUUAUUAUAAUUUGUCAAAGAAGCUCAGCACAGUUCAAGAGCAAAGCGUUUCAAACUUGUAUUCCACACAUAGUGGUCCUUUUGAAUUUCUCAAUUGCUAUUAUUUCUGAGGUCACUUUGAGUCGAAUUGUGAAUUUAGAACUUCCUACAGGGCUGUCAGUUUUCCUUUCACUGGAGUUUCUUAUUAUCCCACCCAUUCUGAACCCCCUUGUUUAUGCUUUAAACCUGCCUGAUAUUCGCAAAAAAAUUAUUUGUCUUAUAAACCCCUUCAGGUAGUGUCACAAGUAUGUUCUGUUUUUCCCUUUGUGUCUGCCUGAGUUCCAGUUUGUCUCCUAGAUCACCAAGCAGUUAAUCAUUCUGUGCAAGUGUUUUGUGUUAAUGAUUACUCCCUGCAUUUAUAAGCCCUGUGUUUCCUUAUUGUCCUGUCUCAUUAACUCAUUGUGGUAGUAUUCUGAGUUCUCCUACAAUGUCUCUGUUUAUCCACUGUGGAUUUAAUGAAGACUGCUUUGUGUUAUGCUCCUACGUUUUCUGUAAGGGGUAGGAUUAGGGGUAGGGUUAGCAUAAGGAGAGUUUGUACAAUAUAAAAUAGUUUUGUCUAUGGAAUGUCCCCAUAAAACAUGAAAACCAAA